UUAAAGAAGCACUUAGAUGAGCGGCGGAGACUGAAAGAGCAUGCUGACAAUGAGCUUCAGAGGUUAAAAGAGCAUGCUGAAGAAGAAGGGCGGAGAUUGAAAGAGCAUGCUGAUGGUCUUGCAUCAAAGCUUUCAGAGAGCGAGAAACAGCUUGGCUGUAGGAAUGCAGAAAUCAGUAAUCUUCGAAAUGAGGUGAACCUUCUCAGGGAGGAGAUGAGAUUCCAGAAUGGGAAGGUACUCCAGCUCAGCUCAKCAGUUGAGCAGCUGCGAUACACUAACAUGGAACUUCAGCGUGUUGUCCAAGAGAAAGAUGCAGAUAUCUCAUCGUUGAUGGAGAAGGUCCAACUUCUAAGUGAUGAUGCAGGGAAGCUUCGUUAUGAUCUAUUGAAGUUGUCAGAGGAGAAAGAGAGUCUCACAAACGAAGUGAAAGGAAAACAGAGUCUUGUCGAUUGGCUGUCGGCUGAGGUAAAGAAGGUGAGAGAACAGGCAGAGGAAAUGGAACUCCAGCUGUGGGAACGGGAUGGCCAAUUGAGUAUUCUGCGUGGCUCUCUGCAGGACGAGAAUGACAUGGACUACGCCUAGUGUGGCCUUCAACAUCCAUCAAAGUGCUUUUUCGGAAGUUUUUCCACACUUGGGUUAUGUUGCACAGUUCCAGACUCGGGAAAUGUCUUGCGGUUCCGAACUUGGGACGUUGCACAGUUGCAGACUUGGAACAUGUUGCACAGUCUCCGACUUGGUACGUUGCACAGCUCCAGACAUGGGACAUGUUGUUGUGUUCCAGAUUUGGGACAUAUGCUGCAAUUCCAGACUGAAGACAUGUUGCGCAGUUCCAGACUUGGGACAUGUUGAGUUCCAGACCUGGGACACGUUGCACAGCUCCAGACAUGAGACAUGUUGUUCAGCUCCUGACUUGGGGCACAAUGUGCGGCUCCAGACUUGCAACAUGUUGUGUGGUUCCAGACUUGGGGCAUGCUGUGCAGUUCAAGAUAUGGGACAUGUUGCACAGCUCCAGUCUUCGGACAUGUUGUGCAGUUCCCGACUCGGGACAUGUUGCACAGCUCCAGAUUUGGGACAUGUUGCUCAGCUCCAGACUUGGGACAUGUUGCACAGCUCCAGACUUGGGAGAUCAUGUGAUGUUCCAGACUUGGGAGAUGUUGCACAAACUUGGGAAUGGAAAAAUAUCCAUUCUUUACAACUGGCAGGUCAAGCAUUUUCUAYGAAGUUCUUUGUGGCGUGUGCUGUAUAGACUGUGCCUAGAUUGACCCAACUUCAGCCAAGUGAUUGUAGAGGACCGUGUUCACUGUCGUGGAGGUUAACACGAGAUUCAUUCCAUCCACUGCAUCCAGUUUAAAAAAGGAAGGAGAGAAAGAGAGAGGGAAGGAGGGGGGAAGCAUUUGGAAUGGAGCACACUUCGCAGGGAAUGACAUGAAAUGCUCAUCAYUAGGAUGAUAUUUUUUGGGGGGAGAUUGUGACAYAGUCCAUUGUAUAAUCUGCUGGAGAUUACGUGGAAAGUUUCAGGGAGGUGGGGGAUUCAAGGUUCCUUCGUGGCCAGCCAUUCUCCACCAGUCCACAGGCUGGGCAAGGUUUUCAUCAUUCCCCGCAGUGUUAUUAUAAACAUAAAGCAAUGAGAGAGGGGGCUGAUGUUCUCUCCCCAGGACGACGUGCAAGGUUUCAGGUAGGAAGGGAGCGUGAGGGUCCUUCCUGGUCUGAUGAUCUUCUCUCUCAAGGGCUACGUGCAAGGUCUCAGCGAGCAGAGGAAUUCAGGUUUCUUUCCUGGUCAGCCAUUCUCGUCAGGCGAUGGUCUUCCCCCAAUCRCGAUGCAACCUCAUCAUGAAUGUAUACAAAGCCAUCGUGCCAGUCUCAUGCAGUGAUGACUCGUGAUGAGGGUGCGUUAUGAUCAGUGGAAGACACUAGGUGAGGUUUUCAUAAUCCCCCGCAGCAAGUGACGGAGUGGGCUGAUAUUAUGUCUCCUCUCCAGAGUCACUCUUGAAUAAGCCAUUGCCUUGGCCACUCUACAAUCACAGAGCAGAACUCCCGUGGCGUUCCGGUGUAUGACCACCAGCACUUGCUGUUUGGGACAGCAGCCGGUCUCCAUUCGUGAACAUAUCUUCACAAACRUCAAUGAAAGAGGCGUCGGCUCCAUGUUAUGAAUGAAGGUAGCUACGGAGCAGUGUUCAUCGCCAAAGACAACUGGUGUCGAGAGCUUUCUGGGUGAUAAGAGUUCUGCCAUCAGCAUGUGCGUGGCAUAUGUAGAAGGCUACCGGUAGUAGAGAAGUUUUCUUCUGAUGCAACAGACAUGCCAUCCCUCACCAUCUGCUCUGUCGAGGGUUGUGGCUACCAUCUUCACCCGGAUAGCACGCCCGGUCAUUAUAGCCGUAUUUGCGGCAACUUUCAGUGUACAUUCAGUGAUUAUGACCGGGCGUUCUAUUCGGGUGAAGGCGGUAGGGGAAGUUAUCAAUUUACUGCUAAUAAAUAAAUUAUUGCCUG